CUGUUCCAAUGUCACUUUAUCCGUUUUUAAUGCGUCAUUUACGAAGCACACUAUCCGGAUUUAUAAUGCACGCCACAGUCCGGGUGUCAAAACGAGUGUCGUCAGGAAUGUGCGACUGCGGUUAUGAACGGGCGGCUCGGUCACGAGCUCGGAGAUCACGCCACAAAGUCGACGGGCGGUGGAAUGGAAACGAUCAGAACGACGCGUCGGUGGUGAAGCAGGCAGCAGUAGCCGGCUGAAGAGAUGAAUCGAAUGCUCGAGAACCUGAGGUGCCCCAUAUGUUUGGAUCUGUUUCAAACCGCAGUGACCAUCCCCUGCGGGCAUAACUUUUGCCAAUCAUGCAUCGACCUACACUGGCAGGGUGAGGAACCAAAGAAAUACGAAUGCCCAAAGUGCCGAAAGGAAUUUGACGAAAAGCCCUUUCUCAAUAGGAAUGGCGAACUUUCUGAAAUGGCGGAAAUGAUAAGGGCCGGAGAUGCCAGUGUGCCCUCAUCUCCCACUGGGUUACCGAGCCAAAGCACCAGACUGUGUGAACGGCAUCACAAAGUGCUGGACCUGUACUGCAAGACCCACCGAAUCUGCAUCUGCAGCAUAUGCAGCAUCCAGCAGUGUGAAGAGGACAAGAAAGUGACGGUCGAAGAAGCAAGGAAAAUAAUGGAGAAAAAACUCAUGAAGCAAAGCAAAGAAGUGGACAAUCAGAAACAGCUGACGGAACAGAAAAUUACAGAGCUCCAGAGCAACAUGGACAAAAGAAGGAAUUUGACAGAACAGAAAACAAAAUGGAUUUUGGACAAAUUUAACCAUCUGCUACAGAGCUUAGAGAAAAGCCGGCAAAGUACAGAAAAGUUUAUCGAGGGUGAGGGCCAACGCCUGUUCACCCAGGAGCAGAUGCAGCUGCAGCAGCUGGAGGACCACGCUGAGGCACUGAGGGCUUACCAUGUCAAGACGAACACUCUGUUCCAAAGCCAAGAUGAUGUUCAUUUUGUUCAGGAGGCCCAGUCCAUUGAGCAGCCACACAUGGAGAGGUUUCCACGGGAUGUUCCAUUUGAAAUGGAUGUGAAGUUGGAUGAGGUGACUAAUUUAAUAUCCCGAAUAUUAGGGUUGACUGGAGCGUUGGAAAAAACAACAAGCUCUGAGGAGAUCCAAGAAACAAAAGAUGUGACCGAGGGACCUCCUUCAAGUCAUACCACCAGGACCAGUGUGGCGGAGGCUGAAGACUUUAGGUCGUAUCACCAUCUGCUCUCAUUUGAUCCCAGAACAGCCCAUAAAUACAUUUGUAUUUCCCACAAUGAUCAGAAGGCAGAACACAAAUUAAUCCCACCUUCAUCAAAAGGGGGUCUUCCUGAGGAGCCCGAGCGCUUUGAGCACUGCUGGCAGGUGCUCUGUAAAGAGGAGCUGGAGGCUGGCCUGCACUACUGGGAGGCAGACUUCUCUUUACCCUGGAUUUACAUUGGAGUUGCCUACAAGAGCAUCGAGAGAAAGGCAAUGACGGACAUGAAGCUGGGUAUGGAUGCAGUCUCCUGGUGUCUAGAAGUUGAGGACGACAGAUAUUCUGCCUGGCACAAUGGUGAGCAGAAGAGAGUAUCCCAUCGAGAGAAAUUUAAGAAAAUUGGGAUCUUCCUGAAUUACCACGAUGGCUCUCUGGCCUUCUUUGGCGAUGGGAGGAGAGAUAAGCAUCUUCACACUUUCCAUCAUGCCUUCAGUGAGCCUCUGUAUCCUGCUUUCUGGAUUGGAGAUGAUGUGAGUGUCACUCUAAAAUGAAAUGCACUCAAUUACAAGGGCUGAUCGAGAAUUAAUGAAGCAGGUUUAUUUUAUUUAUUUAUUUAUUUAAAUUAGAAUCCGACGAUCCCAGAAGGAUGGUACUUCAUAAAAAUGUUCACAUCUUUCACAUUCAAUUUGCAAAACAUGAGCAACAGUUUGCUAGCCUUGGUAAUGUUGACAUCUGUGAACCACUGAAUGGCCUCCCCAAAUGCACUUCACCAUUUACUCACACAUUACCAACCUUCGUGCUUCUACCACCAAAAUACAGCAGCAUGGCUAAUUGUUUCAGUGUAUGCUUGCAGUAACAUUAAACAGUUUCAUUACUGCUCUUACCAAGUUCAAUAUGAGAUUCAAUCACACACCUCUGCGGUAGUCUCACAGGAAUGUCUUCAUCCACCAUGACAACACCUGAGGUGCUUCCACUCGCUGUGGAACAUUGGCGGUCCAACUGCAGGUUAACAUAUGCCAUUCAAACACCUCCACGACAUUCCCAGGUCUUCCUCCCCGACAGACAAACAGAACAGUCAUCACUUCUCAGUCAGCCCUUGCAAGUAGUACUUUGACUUGCAGUUUAAAAUCAAGACAAAGCAAGCCACAAGCUAUGUAACAAGUCAGCCUUUUGUGAAAUAUAUUCCAAUACAGUCCUUACUAAUAAAGUCUAAAACACUGUG